GUUAACGAGUCCGUCCUCCGUCCCGCCUCCAUGGAGCCGCUCUCGGACCUCCAGCUGGCUGAGGAGCUGAUCAAACAGGAAAUGAUCACCAUGCUGCACUUCGACUGCCUCCACCACCCGUCAGCCAACGCAGCCGGACAGCUGCAGCGCGGAAAAAACAGAGGCCCCGCCUCUACGUCCAACAACGCUUCGCACAUAGCGUACCUGGACACACAUUCCUACAAGCCAAUCAGCACGGAGGACAUGGAGCAGGCAAAGACGAUACUGGCAGCAGAGAUGGAGGUGGUGAAGGCAGGAAUGGGUCAUGGUGAUCUCAGCAUGGAGGCCUACAGUCAGGUGUGGGAGGAGUGCUAUGGACAGGUUUUAUAUCUUCCUGCUCAGAACAGAUACACCAGAGCCAACCUGGCGUCGAAGAAAGACCGUAUUGAAAGCCUGGAGAAAAAACUGGAGGUGAACCGCGGUCACAUGACGGCGGAGGCCCGGAGAGCAGCUAAACUGGAGAAGAAACUCAAAAUCCUGCUGGGAGGGUUUCAAUCCAGGGCACUGGGGCUCCUGAAGCAGCACAAUGAACUCUGGGAACAGGUGGAGCAGGCAGCCACGGAGCUUCAGACCUUCAGUCAGUUGAAGAAACAGGAGGAUACUGCCAUUCCCAGGAGACAAGAGGUAAAACAUUACAUCACACACACAAAUAUUGUUACUGAAGUGUAUAUUCUAGGGGUCGAGAGAUUAUAG